AAUACUCUGUAUUGUCCGAAUUCUCAGACACCGGAAUUGGACAGCAGCGGUGCAGCGAAGCAGUGCUUGCCAGGACAAAGUGGAGUAUGUGGAAAUGGACAUACGUGCUUCUUUUCUGGAACGAAUUAUCAGUGCUGCCCGAUGGAAAGUGAAAGUGACCUGGAUCCGGCACUGGACUGUGCGCCAUCCAGUUUGGUUCUCACAGACUCUGGCUCGCCUCUUACUUGCACACCUGGAGUGCAGGACUGCCCGCAAGUGAUCUACUCAAUUUUUCUUUUCCUAAAUCAUCUCUUAUUGAAGUUUGACGAUUCGUGA